UCUGAUCACUUUAUAAAAAUAAAAACAUGCAUUUGUAGUAAUUUCUUCUAGAAUCGGAAUAGAUUCCACUAGUAGAUUCUGUAAUCAACUAGAUUACACAAAAAAACUAAACUUAACACAUAAAUCUAGAAGUGAGUACAUCCCAAUAUUCUGUUAUCCUUCAUCUUCAUCAGCCUCAUUCAAUCCCACUUCUCACCACCUUCACAUAAAAUGCCCACCAUUACUUUAACUAGAACAGCGCCGCAGAGACCUCCGUGCCUCAGCCUCUCCUCGGCCACCUCCGCCGCAGCUCCCCUGCAAAGAUCCAAUUUUUGCUUCACUUUGUUGGGUUUUAAGCCGAAGCGCUUCCAUUUCUUGAAGCCAUGUUCUGCACUAAGAGAAACCAAGAAGUCACUGCAGCAAACGCUUCCCAAGACUCCCAACUCAGCUCCACAGAGCCUCAAGAGAUUCUUGAAUUUAAACCCCAAGAUUGAGAAUGGUGAGAAUAGGGGUGGCGAUGCAGCGGAGGAGGAGGACGCCACCGCCGCGGUUAAAGGCACAAUCUUGGCGGGACUUCUGCUUGUGGGCGUUGUUGGUGGAUUUGGGGUUGUUGGAUAUGUGUAUAGAGAGCAGAUCAAUGCUUUCUUAACCCAGUUUUCUGGCUUCGUUGAAGGCUACGGUGCAGCGGGAUAUGCUCUUUUCGUUGCAGUUUAUGCAGGAUUAGAAAUUCUUGCAUUACCAGCCAUUCCAUUGACUAUGUCCGCUGGUCUUCUCUUCGGCACGUUUACUGGGACAAUUAUCGUCUCUAUUAGUGGCACGGUUGCAGCCAGCAUCGCGUUCCUAAUUGCCAGAUAUUUUGCUCGUGAACGAAUUCUAAAGCUUGUUGAAGGGAACAAGAAAUUUCUUGCAAUAGACAAAGCCAUUGGGGAAAACGGUUUUAAGGUUGUUACUCUGCUCCGUUUGAGCCCGUUGCUGCCAUUCUCUCUUGGAAAUUACCUCUAUGGACUUACAUCAGUCGAAUUCAUCCCAUACGUCUUGGGAAGUUGGCUAGGUAUGCUCCCAGGUACAUGGGCAUAUGUGAGUGCUGGCGCUUUUGGUCGAGCUAUACUUCAAGAGGAGUCUGAGCUAAGAGGGCUAACCGGAGGGAACGGACAGCUAUGGACACUUGGGAUUGGGCUAUUAGCGACGGCGCUAGCAGCAACGUAUGUGACAAGGCUGGCCCAGGAUGCUGUGAAAGAUAUCGAGUAGAUAAGGUGGAACAUGGCAUCAAAUGUUGAUAGAUACCAUGUAUAUAUUGAGAACUACUUCAUCAACAAAAUACUACUAGUAUCUUCUCCAUAAUUAGUAUGAUUCUGCUAUACUAGUUUUUUUUUAAUCUACUUUCUUCACAUUUUUUAAACUGUGCUCGAAUCAAAAUGAGCAUACAUUACAGAUA